AUUUUUGAGGUGGCGGUAUUAUGAAGAGUUGAACAAUGAAAGCAAGCAACAUACUUCCGAUGAAAUAAAAUGCCAGAGCAGAGGAAAACUUUCAAGAUUUCGGGUAAUCAGGUAAGUUACCUUUGACCUUCGACCCUUCACCACGGAAAGGUCAGUUCCCUACAUCAGUUUUUGGUCGGCGUAUCAUCACAUUUUCUUUCCAUCGUUAUUCUAAAGACAGUUAGACACUUUAGCAAUAAGGAAACACCGUAAACCGACAGCAAUGGACGAGAGAAACAGCGAGAUUGUGGUGGAAGAGUUGAAAACUGUUCGCCCAGGGAACGAGACGCAUGUCAGUGAGAAGUUAGACACGGAAAGGCAGCAGGGCAAGGAAGAGGGCUUUCCAUGUGAGGAAAAAAGCGCAGUAAAUUCUGACCAUACCUCCACAAAGGGUUGUACAGAGCAGGGUUAUACAGCGCUACCAGUAAAACGUACUGUGGACGAUCGCUUCAUAUGUACGGAGUGUGACUAUAGGGCAGCAUCAAAGGGGAGUCUAGUAAUACACACAAGGAAACAUACAGGCGAGAAACCCUUUGCUUGUACAGAUUGCAAUUAUAGGGCAGCCUCUAAGGUUGCUUUAUCACAGCAUAUAAGAAUACAUACAGGUGAGAAACCCUAUAAAUGUGACCAGUGCGAAUAUUCCUCUGCACGGAAAGGUGAUUUAGACAAACACAUGGCUAAACACACCGGAGAAAAACCGUACAUGUGUGGAGAGUGCGGGUACAAGACUGCGAGCAGAUCUCGGCUUAACGAACAUGCUAGAAUCCAUACAGGUGUGAAACCCUAUAAAUGUGACCAGUGUGGUGGUUCUUUUGCACGGAAGAGUGUUUUAGACCAGCACAUGCUACUACACACUGGGGACAAACCCUACAUGUGUGGAGAAUGUGGGUACAGGACAGCUCGUAAGGCCAACCUAACCCAGCAUAUGACAAAACAUACCGGUGUCAAACCCUUCAAGUGUGACCAGUGUGACUAUUCUGCUGCACAGAAAAGCGACUUAGACCAACACAUGACAAGGCACACCGGGGACAAACCCUACAUGUGUGAAAAAUGCGGAUACAGGACGGCAACCAGGUCUAGUCUAUCCGUACAUAAGAGGACCCAUACAGGUGUAAAACCUUAUAAAUGUGACCAGUGUGACUAUUCUGCUGCACAGAAAAGCGGCUUAGACCAGCACAUGCUACUACACACAGGAGAAAAACCCUACAUGUGUGAAAAAUGUGGAUACAGAACGGCUUAUAGGACCAGUCUAUCCCAACAUAUGAGUAAGCACACAGAUGCGAAACCCUUCAAGUGUGACCAGUGUGACUAUUCCGCUGCACGGAAAGGAACGUUAGACCGACACAUGCGACAACACACUGGAGAGAAAUGCUACGUGUGUGAAGACUGUGGGUACAGGACGGCAUUAAGGUUUUAUCUAACCGUACAUAUGAGAACACAUACAGGUGACAAACCUUUCAAGUGUGACCAGUGCGACUAUGCUUCUGCACAGAAAGGCGACGUAAAGCGACACAAGGCUACGCACACUGGAGUAAAACAGCACCUGUGUAGAGAAUGUGGGUUCAGGACGGCUGAUAAGUCCAGCCUAUCCCGACAUAUCAAGAGAAAACAUGGUCUGCCUAAACACCUCAAAGAACCUCAAACCACCUAAAAUGUCCUCAAAUGACUCUAAUGUGUAGUAUACAUGGGUCAACAACCAUGUAUGGUGCUCUGGAUACAUUGUUUAUGCAUUUAUGAAUAAAGAAAUGCAGCAAGAACUUCUUUAGUAUUUAUCAGUUAUUUUGCGUUUAUCAGCUGGUUUCAAGAUGACUGAUCGAAGCAAUUUCAGUAAAAAGUGCAGUAUACCUGUAAAUAUUAUUUCUGUAAUAACAAAUUUAUACUAAUAUCCGUAGCUGAAAAUGUUAGUCUACAAGUAGCCCAAUGUUAAGAUAAGUCACAUCUUAUUUGACUGUAUACUUUCUCAAUUUUUGUUACAUUAUAUUGAUAAGCUGUUAGGUUAUAUUGACAUUAUGUAUUAGUAUUAAUUUACUUCAUUAGUAUUAUUUUAGAUUUACAUCUAAUACAAAAUUAAACCAACUGUUCCUUCGAUUUAACUUACAGGGCAACAGGGUUGUUUGAGAUCCCCUCUUGUGCUGUUAUGCAUACCAUCUAUAUGCAUAUAUGACCUCCUUCGGUCAAUAUUAACCAUGGUAAAAUCCUAAUUGAUAUCAGCCCUACAGUGUUGGCUGUGGCUAAACAGUCCUAUACGAGAAUGCCUGCCUCUGCCAUACAGGGAGUAGACAUAGCAUUGAUCCCAUGUAUUGCAAAUUGAGGUGAAAUAAAAACAGUCGUGCUAACUCUGAAAA